AUGCCAAAGAAUUUAGGAAAGCUGAGAGAAAUCCAGGAGGACUACGUGGACCUUGAAGAACUUCAAGACGGUACUUACGAUAAGCUGGUAAAAGGAACCAGUAGAGGAGCAAAUAUGGUAGAACCACAGAACCCCCAGGUGCCAGCCCAAGGAGCAGAGAGACCCAACAACGAGUCAACCCAGUACGAUAAACAUCGGAGUGGAGGAUGGAAAAGGCGAGACCAAGCCCAACAAAAGAAGGGAAAGUUUGUAGACCCAGUAUACACAAAAAUAAACACCCCCAUAUCCGAGAUCCUCAAGAAGAUCGACGGAAAAUACAAAAUCACUUGCCCAUGGAACAGAGGUCAGCAGCCCGAGCGGGCCAAAAAUAUAACUGACUUCUGCGAGUUCCAUCAAUUCCAUAGUCACACGACAGACUCGUGCAGAGACUUGAAAAAGAUGGUGCAUGAUAUGAUCGAUGAAGUUAAGCUCCAAGAGUACAUCGCGCAACCAGCGAUCCAACCAGCCACUGGGGCACCCAUACAUCGUGUGGAGAUCCCUCGUGAGGACAAAAUUCACAAACGGAACUUCGAAGGUGACGAAGUCUUCAGUGUAGCUAGAGAACCCCCCAUUGAGGAGUGGAUGCAAUUUCCUAUUAGCUUUUCAGCCUCGGAGGCACCUGAUGGAGGUCGGAACCAUAACGACCCACUAGUGGUCACGACGGCCAUCGCAUUUCCUGAACAUGAAGGCGAGGAAGAAACACCUAAGGCGUUGUCAUGGGCCAUGCCUAAAAUCCUGAUCGACAGAGGAAACUCUGUAGAGAUAUUAUAUUAUGAAACAUUCAAACAAAUGGGUCUUAAAGACGAGUGCCUAAUACCCUCCACUUACGACAUAUUUGGCUUCAACGGCUCGUCGACCCGUCCAAGGGGCGAGGUGACAUUGGAAAUUCGGGUAGGAAAAAUCCUCACCUUAACCACUUUCUGUGUAGUGGAUGUACUUUCACCGAACACAUCUAUUGUCGGGCGAUCCUGGAUCCAUGGGAUCAAAGGAGUUGCCUCGACUUACCAUCAGAGGCUAAGGUUCCCUACGCUCGAUGGAGUCACAGAAAUCAUCGGAAACUCUGGUGAGGCAAAAUAUUGCUACAAGAUGGACGUUCAGAACGGCGAAAACAAAGUAAACUCCCCAAAGGCACAGGCAAUGAGGGACAGGAACGCCAACAACCUGGCUGAAAUUCAUGACUACAUAGAAAUAGUUAAUGAGCCAAAGCACCUCGGAUGA